AUCAUGGAAUUCCAAAAGUCCAACUAAAAACUCUUAAAAUCGCGCGGUGGUGGAAGUCAUCUUCUCCUCUAUGGUUUAUAUUUCCAUCCAAGUUGUUUCGAGUUAAGUUACAGACAGAGUCAUACAAAACACACAAAUAUACUCCAUGGCUAUAUUUUCCAAGUGUCUUAGCAAGACAGAUAUUGGGAAGAGAUUGUCUGUUCCAAGCAAGUCUCUCAAGUAUUUCCCGCUGUCCAGCGAACAGCAUGCGGUUGACUUCAAGGUCAAAGACGAGAACGGUCGGGUCUGGACAUUCCGGUGUUAUACCCGCAGGAAGAAGCACCUGAAGCCGGUUCUUACCAAGGGAUGGCGUGAGUUUGUUUGCACCAAAAAGCUUGAAAUUGGGGAUAAAGUGGAGUUUUGCAAGGAGGAUGAAGAGGGCGCCGGCAACGGCACCAGGUACUGUGUGAAAGUGAAGAAGGUGGUCAGAGUAUUUGGUGCUGCUCUUGGGCACGUGCCAAUUGUUCUCCCUCAUUAGGCCAAUGAAUUUCUUCUGAACCUUGUAAAAAUUGUAGUAUUAUGCUUUCUCCAGAUUAAAUAUUACCAGAAAAU